AUGGUGAUAUGCGUGGAGUGUUCGGUUCCCCUUUCGUCGACAUGCCGGCGCUUUCCACCUCACUUCCAAAACAUCCGGUUGGCGCGGUGUGCCGCCUGCGGUAAGACUGCGGACAAGUAUGUUGAGUACGAGGUCCUGCUGAUUUUCAUCGACCUGCUGCUCCACAAACCGCAGGCGUACCGCCACCUUAUCUUCAACCGCCUGCCGUAUGCGGAGACCGGCGUCCCGCCCUCGGUUCGGAACUUCGCCGUCGUCUGCAUUCUCUUCGACACCUACACGCGCUGGUUUCUUCUGCAUGCGAGUCUGGCGAGAGCCUACUUCCAGCACGCGAAAGAACGCACUGCCGCUCGGGGCUACGACUUCUCUUCCCACGGUGAUGAGCGAGCCGAGUCUCCUGGCGCGCGCGCUAGAUCCGCAGCUGGUAAUACACCGUGGCCUCUGGCUGCAGAGGAGGCGUCACCAGACGGAGCGAACGCGCAUGGUCAGGACAGUUUCCGCCGCAGUUCCCACGAGGGAGGUCGGCCGUGUUUGCCUGUCGAGCAGGCCAACACGGAGGUUUUUUGCCAAGAGGAGAGUUACGGGGAUCCGCGGCGCGACGCUCUCAGCGACUCCACCUCGCACACGUUCGGUGCGGAGAACCUCAGGGCCGCGACGCGGGACGAGGUUGCCGACGACGUUUGGCAGAACUCGUCGCUCUCUGAAUUCUCAGACGUUUCUGAGCUCGACUACGAAGCGGAGAGCUGCAUCUCAGUGGGACGCAGGCGGUUUCGCUGGAGGCGCGGCUGCGCGCUCGAAAACGCGCCCGAGUCUCCGUUGGACGCGGAGCCGUUCAGCCCGUCCCCGGAUUUCUGGCGCCGGACGCGCCGCAGAAGAAGACGCUCGUUGUGGUGUUCGCCUUUCUACCUCGGCGUAGGGGUCGUGACCUUCGUCGCCUUCAGUCUCCUGUCGUCCGGGAGAGAUCGGUUUCGCCUGUGCUCGCUGGCGCCCCGCCACCUGGUCAAGAGGACUCCUGACGCGCUGUUGAAACUGUCGUCUGCGUCGCGGCCCUCAGACUGGCCGGCGGUGCCGCAGGGCUCGCUGACGCACACUGUUGGGAGGCAGGUUGGCUUUGAGCACAUCGAGUCGCGUUUUGGUGACGGACGGAGGCGCGCGGCUCCUGUGGAGGGUCUCGCCUCUCUCCCCCCUGCCGCUUCACUGGCCAGCCCGCCCACCGCCUCUCCCGUUUGUCUCGGAGACGACACACAAGACCGCCCGGUUUGUCCGCCCCCAGUGCUCCAGUGGGAGAUAGAGGCCGAGGACACUGCCCUGUCCCCGAUCCGCGAGCGCAAGCCAGGCAGCGACAUGCCCGUGUCGCAAGCCGACGUGCACGCAGACGUGCUGCGGUGGCUGCUGCAGAGCAGCCCUUUGGCUGCCUGGGAUCUCCAGGUUUUUAUCAUUGCGCAGUGCACUUUGGACUUCUUCGUCUACCUCUUUUCGGCGAUCGCUUUCACAUGGGUCUUCGUUCGCUGGCACUACGGCUCUCGUGUCUUUUACUGUGGGUGGGAGGACGCUGCGCAAGAACCUGAACGCGCACGGUCCGGACGUAGGCUUGGCGGCUCUCGAGAGCUGGAUGCGUGUGUUAUGGGAGAAGCAGAGACUCGGACUCGUCACCUCGCGGGCGCCUGGCUCAAAACCAUGGAGAGGUCCGCGAAGGCGACGUGGACCGCGCUGCGUCGCCGGAUCGAGGCCUCAGCAGCGUGGUUGCAUGCGCUGUGUCUGGGGACGGGGAGGGCAUCGAGGGAAGAACAGCAGAGACCGACGCUGAGUCGCGAGACGCUCGGCGAAGCGCGCAUGCUUGAGGUGCCAGGCGCGUCGACCAGUACUGCUUUCGGAAACGACAGCCACCCUGCGCACCGGGAAAGAAGCCAGGCAACCCGUGGCCACUCGGAGCUUCGCCCGCCAUCCCAGCGAGAGCCGCAUCGACUGCAUCCAUCGCGAGAGAAAAAGGCGGAUGCAGUGUCAUACGUUCUGGGAGACGAGGGACAUGCUGAGCGCGAGGAGGGAAGGAGGAGCGCUGUGUCUGUGGGACAGUUUUGCUUCUCAGAGGAAGCUGCGAAGACAGCUGAGAAGCGCGGCCUGCGUGUGACGUUUGUCCUGCGGGGACGAAAGGCGAGAGGCAACCGACCCGAGCAGGGAGAGCAGAACAGGGCCGUGAUUGUCAAGUACAACUACCUCGCCGCCGCCUUGAUUGUGUCUAUGUUUGGGAAGAUGGCGACGCUGCUGAUGAUGGCUUGGGAAGAGAACCUGCAUCUUCAGCACUUCGUGUCUUUCUUCACCCUCACUUCGAACGUGGUCGCCGUCAGCGUCUUCUUGAACGGCGCGCACCCCGUCGCGUCUGUGCUCAUCGUGUUGGGCGCAGUUGCUGCGAAGGCGCUCGCGCGGCUCGUGCAAAUUCUGCUCCUCCCGCCUCUCAAGUUCCCCGCCUUCGGAAUCGUCACACCCAGUCUCUACGGCGGCACCCUCGCCCACCUGUCGCCGCUCUCCCUCCUCUCUCGAGACGCCCAGUGGGCCAUGUCGUUUGUCCUGGAUCUCGUCACGUGAGGCGCGGCGACGCGCAUUGCCUUGUCGCGGGCACAUUCGCACGCAUGCGCGCUUCAGAGAAGCAGCGAAAUGCGUUUCAAACUUUCUGGCGUCACAGGUUUUUUUUCGAGACACCUGGGAUGGCGUAUCGAAAGAAGCAAGGGAACGUGUCGAAUUUGUGUUUGCGAGGGUUGCCGAGAAAGCCGGGGCGGCCUACGGAUAGGUGCGUGCAUGUGGAAGCCCCGCAGAGUAGUGUGGCAAAAUGUAUUUUUGUCUGUCUUGGCGCGGCGUCUUUCAACGUUGUGAAGAGGCCAGCGACGCUUCGUUACGAGUGCAUGUGGAAAGGACCUCUCCACUGUCCCGCGCCUCUCCCUGCAUCCGAGGACUUUUUUCUUCGUUUCUGCCAGAGGGGAGCCUCCGAGAGGGGCUACAUGUUUUGCCUUCUCUCGUUCGGCGUCUUGCGUGCGAUCGCAGGUGCCGUCUCAUUUCCGCGAUAGGAAGUUCCAGUGACGUCGAGCGAACGCUCAAGAUAUCUUCUGUGGCCAAUGUGACGACUCGACACACCAGGAACCGUUUUCACACUUCUUAAAGGAAACUGCAUGCAAUGUUG